UUUUCCCCUUCUUCCCCUGCUGCCGACGUGGACAGACAACUCAACCGUUUUUUCACUUGCCUUUUUCACCGUCCAACUCAUAACUCGGUCAAUUAGGGAAAAACAACACUUCAUCACGCGAAGAAAAAGAGGAGGAUUUCGCACCAAGAAAAUCGCCAAAGGGUUUCUUUCCUCUUCACCUUUUCACACCUCUCUGCAUCCAUCCGUCUGAGCGCGUUAUUAAUUCGCGUCGCUGCUGUCCCGCAUUCCGCGCGAAAAUCUACCGAUUAACUGUGCCUUACCGCCAGCACACCGCUCUAUCACUUUUCCGCCCCCAAAAACCCGGAUCCCCCCAAAACCAAACCACAUCACACCCAUAACCACGAACGAACGAACGAACCAGCGGACCAAAACGUGUCAGCGAGGAAGGGCGAACUACCGGAGCGAAACGGAAUAAGAGGCGAUUGAGUACAAAUAAACAAGUGGACGAAUAUGCUUCUACCAAGCGCAUUACCGUGCGAUGGCCGCGCGCCAUCCAGUCCUCUGAGAAGAUCCUCCCGUCAGUCACAGCAGAUGUUCGCAUCCUACCGGUCACCGCCACUCGAGGAGCCAAACCUGAUGGCGAAUGCGACGUCCGGGUUGAUACAGACAUGCAAGCGAUUACACCAGAUUCUCUCCGUAGACCGAUCAAGCACCCCACCUCCAUCCGCGUCGCCGAUGAAGCUGCGGGAAGUGCCACAGCCGAGCACGCCCCUGCGGAGGACUGCUCGGGGAGGGGUGCGAACGCCCGUGAACAGGGGCAACAAGCGGUGCAGAGCUGUGGCCUUCCACGGGAAGGAGGACGACAUUGAGAGUGAAAAUUCAGACCAGGAAUUACGGGACCCCUUCUCCACGCCCAAGAACAAACGUGCCAGACUAACGACCGCGCCCUCGCCGCCGAACCGGAACCUGCGAUUCGUAGGCGCGGGUGUGGAGGCAUCCGAGGGGGAGGACGGAGUGUGGACUUCGGAGGAAGAUAGGCAAUUGGUGGAAUUGGUAUUGCGGAAAUUGAAACUGUCAAAGGACGAUUGGGAGGAGUGCGCGCGAAGUCUCGGUCGACGGAACGGAAAGGCCCUGGGCAAGCGAUGGGACUCGCUCAUCUCGAAUAGAGAGCUGGUGCUCCGGGAUAAACGGAGGAUAAAGCCUCGACCGUCGAGGAGGAUCUGAGGUCACUCUACUCCCAGAUCCACUCGAUUAUCUUUUUCAUCUUUUAUACCAUAUUCUUCUUCGGUAUUGAUAUUUAUCAGUAGAUGUCCUUUUUAUUACUCGCAAAAAAUUCCCGGGAGUAACAGUCUCUUUUUUGGUUUUUAUUAUCUUUUUGCGUCGCGUGGGGCGUGCUUGCACGCUUCAGCUGUUUAUAUGGAUACCCUUGUACGAAUUUUUCCUACCUACCAUACUUAUGCCUAACGCGUCUCCUUUGUUUUAUUAUCCUUCCCAUCUAUUUCAAUUGUACUAUUAGUUGCGGAGAGAGAAGGGGGGGGAAGAUUACGAUAUCUAGGGGGCUGGUUAGUUGGUUUGGCUGGUUGGGGGGGGUUGGGUAUUGGCAUUGGUUUAUCGGUAUUGGAUAACUUUUUUUUAUUUUUAUUUUUACUGUAACGACCUGUAUACUAGUAUGUUAUGAUUGUGAUGAUUUAUUGAAGCUACCGUAUUUACAAAUUAAUUGUAUUACCCCUUG